AUGGCGGCUGCUUCUACCUUGCUCGAAUUAACUCCGCUUCAAUGGAAUCCGCCUCUCUCACACACGCAUCGCCGGCACCAUCAUCGUAGUGUUCUUUUCUGCUCCAAUCAUGUACGCAAAUCAAAAUGUGUUGGUCUCCAAAUCGCCGUCAAAUACAAACAAUCCAACGACGAUGUAAGAUCCGGUUCGGAUCGUGCGCAGAUAUGGAAGAAUUCGUUCAACCAAAUCGCGAUUCAGAUCAAGAAAGCGUUAGAUUCUCUGAAGAAACCCGCAAUAGCGGCGGUUCUACUGGGUCUGCUUUUGUUUUAUGAUCCUAAUAGCGCCUUGGCUGCGUCCGGUGGUAGAGUCGGUGGUAGCGCCUUCUCGUCCCGGUCUCGGAGCUCCUCUUCGUAUUCUGCACCGAGAACAUUGGAUCGAGGAUACUCGACUCCGUACUAUGGUCCGUCGCCGUUCGGUGGUGGUCUGUAUGUGGGUCCGGCGGUUGGUUUUGGGUUUGGUGGGUUUUCAAGCUUCUCUCUGAUUCUGGUGGGUUUCGCAGCCUUUGUUUUGGUCUCUGGAUUCCUCUCAGAUCGGUCUCAAGAUGGCAGCAGCGUUCUAACCGAUACUCAGAAAACUAGCGUCAUUAAGCUACAGGUGGGGUUGCUAGGUUUGGGGAAGACCCUGCAACAAGAUUUCAAUCGCCUUGCAGAAAGUGCAGACACAUCCACAUCGGAGGGUUUGAGCUACGUUUUAACCGAGGCAGCAUUGGCUUUGCUGAGGCACCCGGACUAUUGCAUCUCUUGUUAUUCAUCAGUGGAUGUGAAGCGGAGUAUAGAAGACGGCGAGAAGCGAUUUAAUCAGCUCUCCAUUGAAGAACGGGGUAAAUUCGAUGAGGAGACACUUGUUAACGUGAAUAGCAUAAAGAGACAAAGCUCCAAGACUCAGAGAGCUAGUGACUUCAGCAACGAAUAUAUUGUGGUAACUAUCUUGGUGGCUGCAGAGGGUGUACAUAAAUUGCAGCCAAUAAACGGAAGUUUGGAUCUGAAGGAAGCGUUACAGAAGCUCGGGUCAAUACCGAGAAACAAAAUAAUGGCAGUAGAAGUACUGUGGACACCACAGAACGAGAGGGACACUUUGUCGGAAAGGGAACUACUUGAAGAUUACCCACUUUUGAGGCCUUUGUAA